AAGGGAAAGGGCGAAUGUGGUGAUCCCAAAAGAACAUUCCAGAAAGUCCCUCCUCGCAUUGCAGAGUCAAUAGUCCACUCCUCCUCUCUCCCAAUGGCCGAAGAAGCCAAAGCUAAAGGCAACGCCGCGUUCUCCGCCGGCGACUUCGCUGCCGCCAUCCGCCACUUCUCGGACGCCAUCGCCCUCGCUCCCUCCAACCACGUCCUCUACUCCAACCGAUCCGCCGCCCAUGCCUCCCUCCAAAACUACGCCGAAGCCUUAUCCGACGCCCAGAAAACCGUCGAGCUCAAGCCCGACUGGCCCAAGGGCUACAGCCGCCUCGGCGCCGCCCACCUCGGCCUCGGCCACCACCGCGACGCUGUCUCCGCCUACAAGGCCGGCCUCCAAAUCGACCCCAACAACGACGCCCUCAAAGCCGGCCUAGCCGACGCGCAGGCCGCCGCCACCCGCCCUCCGCCCACCAGCCCCUUCGCCACCGCCUUCUCGGGCCCCGACAUGUGGGCCCGCCUUACCGCGGACGCCACGGCCCGGGCCUACCUCCAGCAGCCCGACUUCGUGAAGAUCAUGCAGGACAUCCAGAAGGACCCCAACAAGUUCAACUUGCACUUGAGCGACCAACGGGUCAUGCAUGCCAUUGGGGUUUUGCUCAAUGUUAAGAUUCAGACCCCCAACGGCGACGACGCUGCCGUGUCAGAGGAGGAUGAGGCCGAGUCUGUGUCCAGGCCUGGACCUGAACCUGAACCCGAACCCGAGCCUGAAGCCGCGGAAGUGAUGGAGGAGGAGAAGGAGAAGAGGGAUAGGAAGGGUCGCGCUCAGAAGGAGAAGGAAUCUGGCAAUGCUGCUUACAAGAAGAAGGAUUUCGAAACGGCGAUUGGCCACUACACGAAGGCUUUGGAAUUGGAUGAUGAGGAUAUAUCGUACCUUACUAAUCGUGCUGCUGUUUAUUUGGAGAUGGGAAAGUUUGAGGAAUGCAUAAAAGAUUGUGAAAAAGCUGUUGAAAAGGGAAGAGAACUAAGAACAGACUACAAAAUGAUAGCAAGAGCUUUGACAAGGAAAGGUACUGCAUUAGUCAAAAUGGCAAAAUGCUCUAAGGAUUAUGAACCUGCCAUUGAGACUUUCCAGAAAGCACUUACAGAGCACCGCAACCCAGACACCUUGAAAAAACUGAACGAAGCUGAAAAGGCUAAGAAAGAAUUAGAACAAGAAGAAUAUUUUGAUCCAAAAUUGGCUGAUGAGGAGAGAGAAAAAGGAAAUGAAUUAUUCAAGCAGCAGAAGUAUCCUGAGGCCAUAAAGCAUUAUACAGAAGCUAUAAAGAGGAAUCCUAAAGAUCACAAGGCUUACAGUAACAGAGCUGCAUGCUAUACAAAACUGGGGGCAAUGCCUGAAGGUUUAAAAGAUGCCGAGAAAUGCAUUGAGCUUGAUCCAACCUUUUCAAAAGGUUAUACUAGGAAAGGUGCAGUGCAAUUUUUCAUGAAAGAAUAUGACAAAGCUAUGGAAACAUACAAGGAGGGGUUGAAACAUGAUCCUAACAAUCAAGAAUUGCUUGAUGGUAUUAAAAGAUGUGUUGAACAAAUUAAUAAGGCUAGCCGUGGAGAUUUUACUCCUGAGGAGUUAAAGGAGAGACAGGCCAAGGCAAUGCAAGACCCAGAGAUACAGAGCAUUCUCCAAGACCCUAUUAUGAGACAAGUAUUGACUGAUUUCCAGGAAAAUCCCAGCGCUGCACAGGAACAUACAAAGAAUCCAAUGGUGAUGAACAAGAUUCAGAAGCUGAUCAGUGCUGGGAUUGUCCAGAUGAAAUGAAUUUGAUGGAAGGUGGGGUAGUCAUCAAGAGAAACAAUUGACAAUUGUAUUUUC